AUGAGUGGCAACGACAACGACAACGACAGCGACGGUGGCAUACCUCUCUCCAACGAUCAGAAGUCUUGCAAGGGACUCAACAAAUUCCCAGUAAACCUCCAAGAACUCAUGGACCCCAAUCUGUCUGAUUACAAACAUGUUGGAAAAAAACUUAUCCGCAUGAACGAAUCAAUGAAGAAGAUUGAUCCCGAGUACGACGACACGCAAAAAAUUGAUGAAAGAAUCAAGAUCACUUGCAUAGAGUACCCCGACACUGGCGAGGAGAUCAAGGCAGGAGGAACGAAGUAUGAGAUUGAAGCUAAGGUGGAAAUGAAGUCGGACGGAAAGUUUCGCUCGCUCAUAACGGAAAGGACGCUGCUGAGAAAAGCAGUGGCAGAAAUGCUGCAAGCUGUGGAGGAGUACCCGCGAAACAAGCCCGCCAGGCGGAGGACGAGGUGA